GUUUCUGUCUUUGAGGUAAUUUUGUUAAAUCUGAUUUGGGUUUAAAUUGCUGAGGGUUUUGUGGCAUUUGAGUUGGUUCUUUAUUCUUUGUCGACAUUGGUUUUGGUUCCUGAUGUCGAUUAGUGUUUCAAAUGGGAAUUCAAGCUUUGGGAAUGGAAGCAUCAGUUGCAUUCUUCUGGGAAUUCUGUUGAUGCAAAUGUAAAUGGACUAGAGCAGAAAACAUGAAGGAAAGAACAAAACUUUAGCUGGGAGACUUUUAAUUUUCUGGAGAUUAGAAGGUCCGGAUAUAUUGGAAAGAGACUAGGAAUUAAGAUUUUUCUCGUGAAAAUUUUAGAAUGGGGAGGGUCAAGCUAAAGAUAAAGAGAUUGGAGAAUACCAGUGGCCGGCAAGUGACGUAUUCGAAAAGGAGGGCUGGCAUCUUGAAGAAAGCUAGGGAGUUAUCGAUAUUGUGUGAUAUAGACAUUGCCCUCCUCAUGUUUUCACCAACUGGCAAGGCUACAUUGUGCCUCGGAGAACGCAGUACCAUUGAAGAGGUUAUAGCAAAGUUUGCCCAACUAACUCCACAAGAAAGGGCGAAAAGUUUUUCGUUGCUUUGUAACAGGAAGUUGGAAAGCCUCGAAGCUCUAAAGAAAACGUUUAAGAAGCUGGAUCAUGAAGUAAAUAUUCUCGAUUUUUUGGGUACUAGCACCCAAACGGUUGAGGAUUUGACUAAUCAAUCAAGACUAUUGCAAGAUCAACUGUCAGAAAUACACAAAAGGCUGAGUUAUUGGACUGAUCCUGAUAAGACCGAUCACCUAGAAAAUCUCAGGACAUUGGAAGAAUCUCUCAAGGAAUCGCUUGACCGAAUUCGAGCACAUAAGGAAAUUUUCAGAAAGCAGCAACUUAUGACAUUAGAAUGUGCCAGUCAGUUUCAGAAUGGGAUAUAUUUACCAUUGGGAAUGGGAAGUGAGCAGCAAGCACAACCAAUAUCAUGGCUUCAUAACAAUGAGAAUCAACAUAUGAUGCUGCUCGAGGACCCGAACUUACUUCCUCAGAGAGAUCUUGAAUGCUCAACAGAUCUCUCUAUUCCAAGCUAUCCUGGUUAUUUUUGCAUGGGCAAACAAACAGAGGUUGACAGUUCAGGGAAAGAAAGUGGUGCAGUGAAUGAGUUAAGCAGAAGUGCAUGCUUGAGGCUACAACUAAGUGGGCAAUACCCAUACCCACCUUACAGUCUCAAUCUGCCUAGUGACAAGAAAUUCAAGCCUGAGGCUGAGAUGAGUAUACGAGGAGACCCUGUAGAUUAUCAAGUUAAUAGUGGCUUUGAACCCGGUAGACAUGAUUAUGACCCCAAUCAGCAAAGUUGGGCUUCUACAUCUGGUUCUUGUCCUGAUGGCAUGUUCGAUGGCCAUUCUUAUCCGCAGCAUCCAAACUGAGUUUACAAGUGAUGUUCAUUAAUGGACUUGAGUUGUGUAGCCAAAGACAUGCUUCUCCAUCAAAGCUUUUGGUAUAUGAAACCUGAGAAAGAAUGAUUGAGCAGUCGUGGAUGUUGAAACAGUCUUCUUAAUUAUCAGAGGCAAUGUCUGAAAACAUGGCGGUUGAGUGCCACAAUUAUGUGUACAUUACCUUACAUCUAUAGAUGGAAGGGCGCAAAUUUGGUCAUUUU